AUGUCCGUGUACUGGCUAACGUUAUUGCUUCUGAACGGAAUCAACGUGUAUCCGGGUCGUGAGAAUAAAGGUAAAUAUUUCGCAAUCGAGUUUAUAACGAUUAAAUAAAACUGAAAAGAUAAUUCAUUGCGGUAGAUGCUCGAAGAGGUCGAUAUUGUUUGUUUUUGGCCCACCGAACCGUUAUGUCCGGAUCCACCGGACGUGUUAUUGUUGUUUUAUAAAUUUGAAGAGUAUUCGUGGCAUAGGUACGCGUUGUGGCGGUCCGUUAAUAAUUUAUUUUAUUUUUUACAUUAUUUUAUCUUCAGUAUAGUAAACCACAAGAAUACGUAUCACCAUAAGCGCCGAUUUGUUAAAUUGACUUUAGGGGACUUUGACGACUUAUUGUUUUUUGAUUUUUUGAGCAUUUUUAAUGUUAAAGAUUUUUCCAAAAACAUAAAAUGGAAAAACUGCACUACCUAUUUUUAAUAGAUUUUCGUCGUUCAAUAAUAACUUAAUUUAUAGGUAACACGAGACAGUUUACUAUAGUCAUGAAACUAUUGUCAUUUAUCACUAAUAUGCAAUCUGUGUAGUGCAUCACUGACAUUACGUGAAACGUUAGAUAUCUGAUAUUCCUGAUAACAGGUACUAAUAAACCAUUUUUAAAAAACUAUGUACAAUUUCAUAAACUAUUUUAUCAAAAAAUAAUAUUUUUAUCAACAUUUUUAAUUUAUGGUGGAAAACUUCGAUAUUUUAGAAUAAAUAUUCGAAUAUUUUACAUAACCGUUAACAUAAAAGAUAUGUUUCAUCAGUAAAACGUUUGUGGACUGAGCCCUGGCUCAAAAUUGUCAAUGGAGAUUGUGGCCCCAGAUACUCAAACUCUUCAUAUACUCAAAAUCUAUACAUAAUGCAUAUCCCUGAUUAUUUGUAAGAUUCGGAUUUAGUAUCUAGGAUCUAGUAUUUAGGAUUAGGAUCCUAUAUCUAUUAGAAUAGAUUUAAAACGUAAAGUAUAUGUACGUGAACAUGGAUCCGUAUACACCCGAAUGAAAAAUUUGUUAUCACGUAUACUAAAUACAUAUGAAUAGUAUCCGUAUUCACGUGUAUUAGUGUUAUUAAUUUAUUCACGGAUAUUUGUUUAAAUGAUAACGUACUAAAUAAAGUAUAUUAAAUUUAUUGUUGAUUUUGUAUAAUGUUAAUUUAUUUUACUGUCAAAUUUUAAAUUAUUAUUAUUGUUGUUACUGAUUUAUUUGUAGAAAAAACUAGCCAAGGCCCAAUAUUUACAAGAUUACAAGAAUAUUAAUUUUAAAUAUAUAAUAACAUUUUAGAAAGGUGAUCAUUUGCAAGACGCAUGGUGAAUAGGGUGGUAACGAACAUAGUUCGUGGUAUUUGCCAGGACUGCAAAGGAGGCGUGGGUUCGUAAAGAGCUUGAAGAAGCCUUGAAUUCCACUUGGAAUAAGAGUGAUGGUACCUAUAUAGAGCCAUUAAUUUAACUUACUUAAAAAAGUUAUGUUUUAGUGGACACUAUUCUAUUAGCUCAGAUGUUCAACCCAAGGUAGUAUCGGAUACUGGAAUAGUUAAGUUUAGGAUACUGAAUACCUUGAACAUGAUCUGCAAAGAAAAAAAAAUGCCAUUGUACUUUCUCUAAGUCUUAAGCUUUUCACGCAGUAUGUGGAUUCCCUUAACAUUGACGCAAUAGUAGCGCAAUGAGAUGAAACUCGGAUAAAUAUUAUGAACUUAAAGUAAAUAUUAAAACACUAAAAUACGUGAAUAAACGUGUACACAGAUUUUUCAAGUAUACGGUUUUAUAGAUUUUAAUGUUAGUUUCACGUGGAUACGUGAAAGCAUGUACACGUGAAAGGAGCUCUAGUAAUAAUAACCUAACCACAUAAUAUAAACUAAAUCUAAAUUAAACUGGUUUUCGAAGGGAUCGUGAAACAAGUGGCUGCCGUGUACCCGUGGCUGAUAAGUGUGUUCUGGAUGUUUAUUACGACGUCGGUGCUGACGUCCCUGGUGUCCCAGCGCACCAGUUACGAGGAGACGAUUGAAAUGCUGACGUACAUCACCGGUUCGUCGAGCACGCUGGCUCUGUUCGCAAUCGGCGUGUACAAGAGGCCGCAGCUCAACCGGAUGUUGCACAUCGUCCGGCACGAUUUCUGGCACGACGAGCGCCGGGCCGCGGCUCAUACGCUGUAUUCACGGUUCGUCCGCACGUACGGCGCCGUCAUGCCCGUGGCCAACGUGAUGAUGUGCAUGGCGCCCAUCAUCUGGGUGGCCAACUACGGCAACAUGGAUUCGCCGGCCGCUCUGAUUUUCCGCAUGUGGACGCCGUGGACGCGCCUGACGCCUUCCAAGUACGCGGCCGCUUACACCACUCAGUUCGUCGUGUCACUGAGCGUGCUGACCAGCAUUUCCGGCAUGGUGUUCGCCAUGGUGGUGUUCGUCAACGAGAUGCAAGUUCAGGUGGACAUGCUUACCGACGCGGUCCGUGACCUGAACGUGCGGGACGCCUGUCAGCGGCCGCGGGCCGUAUUCGAUAAUCUCGUCAAGUGCGUUAAACACCAUCAGACCCUCAUUACGUGAGUGUUAACAAAAUCAAUGGCUAUUUUUUCCAUAAACAUAUACUAAAUCAGGGGAGAUGACCGUUUUACGUGUAAUACAUUGAAGCCAACACGUUAAUAAAAGAGAUAGACAACCUGAAGUUUUUUCAAGGUAGAACAAAUUUGUGUAUACAAUUAUACAAUUUAUAGAAAAUAACAUUAUUUACGAGCUUCACAUGUGAGUUUUGUAUUUGUAUUUGUAACGAAACGUUAUAAACACAUACUCGCACGUGGGCGGGUCACUAUUGUAGGUGAGAUAUUUAGGAAGACAGAGAGGAAAUUGAAUGUAUAUCUGUAUGCAACAAUUAACGUAAACCAGUAGGCAACGAUAAACCAUUGCUAACAAAAAAACGAUUCUGAGUGGAGUUCAGUUGAUAGUGAUACUUUGUCAACAAUAUAUAUAUGUCAUAUUAUAGUAAACUAAUUAAAUAGGCAUUAUAUAUUUUCUUUAAUAAUAUUUGCGAUGCGUCGUAUUCUCAUUACUCGCAGUCUUAUAUCCAAUUUGUAUUUUAUGUCACUGUUCAUAAAUUAAAUUUCUUCGAACAGUAAGAAGUAAAGUUAAAGUUUGAGUAAACUUUAAGACAAAUCUGGGCAGUAAUUUUAAUAUUCUAUACUAUAUGAUGUUUACUCGUAUAUCAUAUAAAUUACAAAGUUACAAAAUUAUAAAAAAAAUGUAUUUUUUUUCCGCAUUUUAUCGUCACUAAAUUAAAAUUUAUUCAGCUUGGUUGGGAAUAAGGGGAUUAAAUUUCAAUUACUAAAUUCUGAUUCAUUCAGACGAUAGUAUAUCGAACAGUCGAACUUAGUAAAAUCGUUAAAAAUUAAUAAUUCGGUUCCAUUUAGGUUGUUUUUUUAAGUUAACUUCUAACUGAACACGUUAAUUUAUCUGACGAUUAAUCAACAAAGACCAAUUUAACAGAGUUAUAUUGAAAAUUCGUUUGGUUUUUGUUUUCAUUUAGGUAUUUCGACCAUUUCAAAUCGUACUUUAAUUUGUUAUUCGUGGUCGACAUCGUGUACAUUAUGAUCAUGACGUGUUUGUGCGCCAGCAGCGUGUUGUUGGCUAACGGAUUUUCAGCGUUUCACAUAAAAAUGAUGUCUCUCCUCAUAAUCGUGGUGUCUCAAUUUUUCUUCUACUGUUUGAUCGGCGAAAAAUUCUCACUGAUGGUAAAUAUUCAUUUUAACUAUAACUAUUGAAUUUUGUGUUAUUAUUAUUAUUUUUUUUUUAUUUUUUAUAUUUACAUAAUAUACAUGAUGCCGUUAUAUACGUCAUUUCGUACGGUCUAUUAUUGUUAUUUUACGUAUUUCAAUAAAUAUACAAGUAAAUAAGACAAUAAUAACUUACUGUAUACGAUCUAGAUUGUUUUUCAGCAGUUAUAAAGAAAAAUAAUAUGUUUUCGAAGCAUAUUGCAGUAGGUACGGUUCAAAGUUUUCUUUUGAAAUAAUUUCUAUUCGCAUCAACGUUAAUAUGACGUUUAGAUAUUUUAUAAUAAGAAACCAUGAAACUGUGAUUUUAAAUAUUAAAACUUUGUCUGGCAAACUUUGCCAAACAUCUUUGUAUUAUAUUUUCAAGUUCCCAUUGUAAAAUUAUUAUCAUAACAACUGAAUUUCUGUUAUUACUGUUGUAUAUCGGUAAACUGUUAUUUUCUAUGAAAUUCGGGCCUCCCUAUCUGUUUUUCAAAUAAAUACAAGGCGAUCUGCUAAUUAUAUUCCAAUUAUUUUCUCAGAGAAAUGUAUGUAAAUUUGAUUUCUGUUUUCAUUUUUCAAUCAUUAUGGAAUCAAUUAAGCUUUAUUUUAACACUAUUUCAAUUUUGUAUCAUUACACUUUAUACCUGUAAUAAGAUGUAUGCACUGGAUUUUUAAAUACCAGUUAUCUAUGAAUUUAUCUUUUUAUCUAUUUAUAUUCUAAUUCAUAAACAGUAAAUCCGAUAUUAUUGUUAUACCUAUGUACUCGUACGUAUCACACUUUUUCUAAAAAUAUUAUUGUAUCCUCAUUUUCAAUAUUCAAAUGUGUGUUCAAAAGGAAGGGGGAUAUUGGAAAAUCAAAAACAUGCAGGGUAUCUCACGAAGAUAUACCCGUUGUAAUAUCUCAGGGUAUAAUGAAGAUAAUCAAAAAAAAAUUAAUUAAUUAAUUAUAAAUUCUGUUUUUUUAUAUUACUGACGGGGAUAAAAACUGCAUAUAUGUAUAUUUGAGUUAAUUUUUUAUGUUUUGGUUAAAAAACUUAAAAUAUUAACUUUUUAUUUUCAUUAAACUGGUGAUUUUAAUAAUUUUUAAAAUUCCAAGAACAAAAUUCAAUUAAGCCAUAAUAAUAAUAAUAGUCAAUUAGCCAAUGUGAUUACAGCCUGCUGCAUUUGUAUAGGUAUUUUAAUUUGAACUUUAAAAACUAUUAAUAAUCAUGAAUUCACUGAAAAUAAAAUGUUGAAACGUUAACAUUUGCAGAAGAAUAAACUCAAUAAAAUGGCUAUCGUCAAAUUUUUGAAAAAAUAAAAAGUUAUUGUUUUAAGUUUUUUUACCGAAACAUAAAAAAUUAACUCAAAUAUAAAAAUUUGUAAUUCUUAACCUUGCGAGUAAUAUAGAAAAAUAAUAUUGUAUUAUUUGCAUUAUCUCAGGGGAUAUUGUAAUACAUGUAUCUUCGUAGAACACCCUGUUUAUUAUACUAUGAUAUGAGAAAUAGUGGUGACAAGUUAAAAAUAAUUUUAAAAUAAAUUAUCGAAUCGUUUAAGAUUUCAAUAAUGAUUGAAAAAAAAAACAGACAUCGUAUUCAUUUAAUAGUUAAAAUCCACUGAUAAAAAUUGCUGGUUCGUGUAAGUGGAUCACUGUAUAAAAUAAAUACUGUAUUAAUAGUAAUAUCGACAAUGGUGUCAAUCAAUAAUAUUCUUCUUCUAUAUAUUAUUACUGUCGACCGUUUGGCUGUAUAGUAUAAAGAAGUGUAUAUUGGACAAAAGAAAAUGAAAAAAAAAAACGGAUAUACUUUGCACGAUGGGUGGGCUACUGUUGUAGGUGAGAGUUGGGAAGAUAGAGGGGAAAUAUAUUCUUCCAUUUAUGUAACGAUUCACCAUUGCUGACGAAAAAAGAUUUUGAGGGGAGUUCGGUAUAUAUGUUUUGAAAGGCCGUAAUAUUUACGAUUUGAAAUUUGAAAAUAAUAAAUUUCCCAGUUUUCCUACGUUUUUUCCCGGUUGUUCAAUUUAUUAUGUAAACCUCUAGACAAAUCAAAAAAUAACCAUCUUAAAGUACCACCCCAAUCCAAUUUCUUUUCAAAAAAAGUGCUAUACUUGAAAAUCAAAGCAAAAUUUCUGGUAGAAAAGUUGUUUUCAAAUAAAAAAAAAAACAUUAUUAUAAAACUAAUACAUCUCUACUCGCUUUACUCAAAAUUUAAAAUGUAAUAAUCAUGUAAUUUUUUUCCCCCCAACUUUACACAAUAUAGAACAGACAAAUCGGAGAUUGUGUCUAUUUCAAAUUUAUCAAAUGCAAGAAUCCAAAGUUGUCGCGCGUCAGCGUCCUGAUAAUUUUACGAACACAGAAACCAUUACAAUUGACCGCAAUGGGCAUAUCAAAGUAUUCGGCAUCGUUAUUCACGUUUGCGGUCACCAUGAGGUCUGCGUACGCCGGACUCAACGUACUAUACAAUUCAACGAAAAAUAUGAGCUCAUAA